AGUUGGAACUUUCUGACUCAAGCCGAGAGACCAGACCAGAGAGUUGGUGUCUUUGAUUUUGAGAGUUGUGAAAUCGAUCGUAGUCUUUGAUUUGAUUAGAGAUCAGCUUUUCAGAACAUAAAGCCCUGUACUUGCCUCUUCCGGAGCUCGAUAUCAGCUGAUUUGUAUCGAAGAUCAAAACCUCUAUUUGUUAAUUUCAGAAUGUCUUCAAGGGAGAGGAUAGGUUCGAAGCAUCAUAGCAGAGUGAGCCAAGGCAUGUCAACUAGUGGGUCAUCAUUAUCAAGGCACCAUGAGACCAUCUCUUCGGCUUUGGAUCCGCGUCAUCUUCGAGACCAACGGAUGUCGCUUCCUGAAAUUCUAGAAAACAAGAUUGCAGCUCAAGCUGCUGAGAUAGACCGGCUCUCUAGUGACAACCGGAAACUAGCUUCAAGCUACGUAGCUCUCAAGGAAGACUUAACCGUGGCUGACCGUGAAGUCCAGGGGCUAAGACCUCACAUCAGAAAGACGGAAACAGAUACCGAGAUUCAGAUCCGAGCGACUCUUGAGAAAAUAGCGAAAAUGGAGGGUAUGAUCAAGAACAGAGAGAAUAUAAGGAGGGAGGUGCAGUUAGCUCACAUUGAGGCUCAUCGGUUGGCCAGAGAACGAGAAGAGCUUGCUUCACAGGUGAAGUUGGUGGUGAAGGAGUUGAAGAAGGUUUGUCUUGAGGCAGAGGGUUUGGAUGCGUCAAGCCAAGAGCUUGAGCGGUUGAAAGAGGAGCACCAGAGAUUACGGAAAGAUUUUGAGGAAGAGAAGAGUGGGAACGUAGAGAAACUUGAGCAAUUGAAAGAGAUGGAGAGGAAAAUAAUCGGAGCUGUUAAAACGAUUGAGAAGCUGCGAAGUGAAAUCGCAACCGCAAGGAGCAAAGCCGUCUGAGAAUUGAAUGUGUUUAAGAUUUGAGACCAAGAGGCUGAGUCAGAGGCUCCUCUAUUUAGGAAGGGAUUACAAGAACCACAAUUGUGUUCUCAUCUUUCCUAAUAUCUAUAUGAGAUUUUUUCAAAUCAA